UCAGGAUCUAUUGCUCGCCGCAUCCAUUAUGGAUUCCAGAAGUCACUUCACCAUCUGAAGAGCCACUUUGGUAAGCGGAUUGUCUGUGCCGUGGCAUACUUUGAUCCUGGCAACUGGAGCGUCGAUAUGCAGGCUGGAUCCACAUUUGGAUACCGACCCAUGCUCUUUGUCAUCCUGAUGGCUAGUUUGGGUGCCGUUGUAUUCCAGACCAUGGCUUGUCGAUUGGGGGUCGUAACAGGUCUAGAUUUGGCCGCACACUGCCGUUUACUUCUCCACAAUCGCCCGAAACACCGCCGCUUGUGGCGAUAUCUAGCCUUGUACCCACUCUAUGUCCUCUGCGAGCUUGCCAUCAUCAGCACCGAUCUGGCGGAAUUGUUAGGCUCGGCGAUUGGAAUAAAUCUGUUAAUACCCUCACUCCCUCUCUGGGCUGCCGUGCUCCUCACAGCAAGCGAUGUUCUAAUCUUUCUGGUUAUCGGCGACCCGACUCGAGGUAGAGGCAAGCCUGUCAGAGUCUUCGAGUUGACCGUGACUAUACUAGUCUUCGUGGUCUUCGUUGCUUUCGUUGUCCUGCUCGCCAAGGUGGACGCGAAUUGGGCCCAUGUAUUCCUCGGCUUUGUGCCUUCUACAAAGCUUUUCGAGACAAAACCGGACGCUCUCUAUACCGCGGUCGGAAUCCUUGGGGCAACCGUCAUGCCUCACGCUAUUUUCCUUGGUUCAUUCCUCGCCACCCACGACAGAGUCGGAGCCCGCGCCCCGCCGAUCCCAGUCCCCGUCAGCACCGACGUCGAGCCAAAGAUGAACAUUAUCAAACGCACCCGCUCCUAUCUAGCUAGUCUCUUCGAAGUCUCGCGUGCCGACCGCAUCGCCGCUGACCGCGAACAUCGGAACCAUUUCGCCCACCCCGAAAACAACAGCGUUCACUUCAUACAGGCGCACCUUUCGCACGGUGUCGCUGACAUCGUCAUCAGCUUGCUCGGGGUUGCGGUGCCCAUCAACUCUGCGAUUUUGAUCAUUGCGGCGACGGUAUUCUUCUCCGGGAAUCCGCAGGAUGCAGACUCGGCGGGCCUUUUCGAGGCGCACGAUAUCAUCCAAAAUAAUAUAGGAAAAUUCGCUGGUGUUCUUUUUGCCGUUGCGCUCCUCUCCGCCGGUCAGACCGCUAGUAUCACAGCCACGCUAGCUGGGCAGAUCGUCUCCGAAGGCUUCAUCGAAUGGAGAAUAUCCCCUUUCCUCCGUCGUCUCGUAACCCGUACCAUCGGUCUCAUCCCCGCCAUGGCAGUGGCCAUCGGCGUAGGCCGCGACGGUAUCAACGUUCUCCUCGUCGGCUCUCAGGUCGUGCUCGCCAUCGUCCUUCCCUUCAUCGUCACCCCUCUCGUCUGGCUCACGUCAUCAUCUGCCGUCAUGUCCGUGACGAAGCCUUCUCCGCCUUCGCCACGACCUUCCGUCCGGGAGAUCCUGAUGGAGAACGAAGAGCCCACGACACCGAUGACGGAAGUCAAUGUGCUACCGUCGACAGGAAUGGAGUCCAACGUUGAAUACGGUGCCGUGCGCGAGAUACUCGUAACGCCACCUCCACAGAUGAUGGACUCAAAAGAGGAGGUCAGCCACAUCGAGAAUGAGAAACAGGAGCAUGAGGGUGAACGGGAACAAGAUGUUGUCAACGUCGUUGAUGGAGGUCUUAAAGAAGGACCUGACUGUCCGAGCGAGCUCAUUGUGGACUACAGCAAUGGGUGGUUCAUGAAGUGGCUGGGUUAUUGUAUAUGCGUGAUAGUGUUGGCGGCGAACGCGUACACUUUUGUGGUCUUGGGACUGGGUGGAGCGGACGUUUGAUAUGUGUACGAUACGUUUGAAGACGGGGAUGCGCAGUAUCUUUAUUUUAGACGUGGAGGGCCUGCAUGUAUGAUAGCUAUUCGAGACCAACUUGGUCUUCUUGGACUCGAG